AUGUCAUCAGCUGGUAUGACCUUAAGCCCGGUUCGUAACGAGCCACCAUCGAUGAUGCCUCUCCUUCGCGCCGAUUCCUUACCUGAAGAGACCAUUCUCAGCUUUGAGUUGUCUAUUGUUGCUCCACAAAGGAAGCAGUUCUCUUUGGAGCCUCUUAUUGUUAAUCCCAAGGCUAAGUUGCCUCUAGUGGUUAAAGAUAUGGUUAGCUCUGCUUCUGAUGGGUUAAGGAGUGGGAACCCUCCUGUGAGGUCAAGAGAGGGAACAGGAGGAGCUUAUUUCAUGCAGGCUUCGUCUGGGAACAAAUAUGUUGGUGUGUUUAAGCCUAUAGAUGAGGAGCCAACUGCUGAAAACAAUCCACAUGGGCUACCACUUUCCCCAAACGGAGAAGGUUUGAAGAAAGGAACAAAGGUUGGCGAAGGUGCGUUGAGGGAAGUUGCUGCUUACUUGUUGGAUCAUCCCAAAAGUGGUGAAGAGAGAGGUUUUGCUGGUGUGCCUCCAACGACUAUGGUUGAAUGCCUGCAUCCUGGUUUUAACCAUCCCAAAGGGGUUCAGACCAAGAUUGGAUCACUUCAGAUGUUUACUGAGAAUGAUGGUAGUUGUGAAGAUAUGGGUCCAGCUUCGUUUCCUGUAGAGGAAGUUCACAAGAUCUCUGUGCUGGAUAUUAGACUUGCUAACGCAGAUAGACAUGGUGGUAACAUUUUAAUGAGCAAGGACGAAGAAGGAAAGAUUGUUCUGAUUCCAAUUGAUCAUGGAUAUUGCUUGCCUGAAAGCUUUGAGGAUUGCACGUUCGAGUGGCUUUACUGGUCACAAGCCCGGAAACCAUACUCUCGGGAGACACUAGACUACAUAAGAUCACUUAACGCCGAGGAAGAUAUCAACCUCCUGAAGUUCCAUGGAUGGAAAAUGCCAUUGAAAACUGCUAGAACACUCAGAAUCUCAACAAUGCUUCUGAAGAAAGGAGCAGAGAGAGGAUUGACAGCAUUUGAGAUUGGUAACAUGAUGUGCAGAGAGACUCUGAGCAAGAAAUCUCUAGUGGAGGAGAUGGUAGAGGAAGCUCAAGAGGCUGUGCUUCCCGGGACAAGUGAGGCUGCAUUCCUUGAAGCCUUGUCCGAUGUGAUGGAUUACCAUCUUGAUGAAGUGGUUCGCUCUCAGGAACAAUAG